CCUUUGCCUUCACAUAAUCAUCAAACAUGAUGAGCCUUUCCUUAGCUUUCUCAACUCUCUCGCUCCUUUCGCUUCUUGUUUUCUUCAUCUUUAUAAGUACUGGUGCUAUAUCCAGCCGAUCUUACAAUCUCGGUUGUUCAUCAACCAUGUCGAAAUACCUCAACUUGAUGGCCACCCAUUUGAAAUGGGCAUGCAAUAAUUGCUUGCCUUACGGUACAGCUGGUUUUUCCAAGCCACGACACGCGCAUGGUGUGCCAGAAAGUAGUGGUGAAGAGCUGAUCAGCACAGCACGAUACGAGCACGACCCCUGUUCUUCGGAAGUAGAAUGUGCUGUGUGUCUGUGUAAGAUUGAAAAUGGAGACGAGAUCAGAGAGCUAAGAUGCGACCAUCUCUUUCACAGAGUUUGCUUGGACAGAUGGCUUGGAUACAAGAACCUAAGCUGCCCUCUAUGCCGCGAUUCGUUAGCUCAUCCGUUCAGAGCAAUUACUGAGCUUGGAGUGGAAGUUCUGUCGUUUAAGAUUUUCUCCUUCAGUUCGUCUGACCACGAGACAUGGUGGCUACGUUGAAUCAAAUUAAUGAUGCCAAUUUCAGUUCUUCUGCCAGUCUUGUAAUGCUCUUCUGCCCUACAUUGAGUGGGAGGGAGUAAGGUGAGAGUGUGUAACAUUAAUCGCCCCACAUUAAUUUAGGUUGUUUCUUAGUUAUGACCUUAAUUGGAUGUCUAAUAUUUAAUAAAGACAUGCAAAUCUAUUGAAAAUUUGAAAGUACAUGAACAUGCACAAUAAGAGAUCUUGAAUCAAA